GAAAGCAGGGCGCUGGUAGCCAGGCAGACACUGUGAAUGGAGGUGGCACCGCAGCGCACCGAGGAUCUGGACUGGGUCCUUGAUAUGCUGCGGUUGUCUGACACACUGCAAGCGGCAGUAAAGAUCCGGUUUCUCGUACAACUUCAAAAGCUCAAGCUAAAUCAAUGGCCUUGUGUUAUCUUCACUGAUACUGCAGCUGAUGAUAGAAAUCCCAUCACUCUCUUCAUACAGGACCGCGGCGCAAGCAAAAGCAUCCUCCAGCUAUUCACCACCGAAGACAAUUUGACGCGACUGGAGGCUUUCCUGAGGUCUCCAGAGGUCUCACAACGCCUCUGGAAACGGUCCUUAGACCUGCCCGGUCUGCCGCAGUACAUGCUGCCCACAUUGCUUUCUGUAGCUAGCGACAUGAGGUUUACAGCCGACACGCCGGUGGAGCGCUGUGUCUUCGCAACGGACGAGGCGCCCGCCGCUCCCAAGGCCCUGCCGGGAGUAGUGAUCCAGCCGCUGCACGAGACGCACCUGGCUAAAGUGUUGCAGCAUUGGGAGCCGGCGGCCGGCAUGGUCGACCCGGCCAGCUUCUUCGCCGGCUCGCUGGCCGCCGGCCUGACGGCGGGCGUGUUCGCGCUUCCGGAGACCGGAGCCGCGCCGCCGCCGCCCAGCUGCCUGCGCGCCUGGGCGUUGCUCAAUGCGAGCGGCUCGAUCGGCGUACUGCACACGGAGGAGGCGUGGCGUAGACGCGGCUACGGCACGGCCGUCAUGGCGACGCUCAGCCGAGCCUGCGUCGAGCUCGGUCUGCACCCUUGCGCCGCCACCACCAAGGACAACGCGGCCAGCAUGGGCACCCUGCGGAGGGUCGGCUACAGGGAGGCGUUCACCGGAGUGUGGCUCUUGCUCAGCCCGGCCGGUGACGCGGCGGACCGCGCGCGCUAAAACGAGAACGCGCGCGCCGCUCAGCAGCACAGCAGUCCACCUGGGUGUGCGCCCCGCGUCCCGGUGCUGUCCAGGAUGGCCAGCAAAGGUGAAGAUCCAGAUGUUGUACUUAGAUUCCGCCUUGCUGGCCGUUUAAGCCUUAGCCUUAAUCACGUACUGUCCUGGGUCCUACUCAGUAUUGUGUGGCCCGUCCUGUAUACGCAUGAAUGUGUAGUCCAGGCAAUUCGCUGUGAGAUCGACCCGACGUGACCAGAUUUGAACGCCCUCAUUCCGGAAUUUUGAUCAAAAUUCCCCUGCGUAAUUGUCUGCAGGGCUGAAGCCAAAUUCGAUUAUUUUUCUCAAUUCGCUCAGGUCAAGGGUAAAAAAUUGUACCCUGAAGUAAGCUUGAGGUCGUGCGUGACAUGUGUUGUGUUCGGUGGGUUUGGUGGGUUUGGCUUUGCUAUUAAAAGAGUAAUCCCGCCAAAGUAUAUAUUUCUAACUCCACAUAAAACGGUAAAUACCAGUCCAGAGCUUUUGUGACCUUAGGUCACGGUUAAAAGGGAUGUCUCUCAGACCUUCAGUUAAAGGUUACACAAUGACCUUCAAUGGCUCCGAAAACAAAUUUUACAUAUUCAAGACUCAUAGGGUCCUUUUAUCGAAGAACGCAAGAAACGCGUGUUUUUAUCUCCUUGGACCUCAAAUGGAGCAUGGCAAUAGGCGGUGUUUGAGCUAAAAUUGGCCAAUUUCAUAAUUUGUGCCCUUUAGUCUGCUUCAGUGACAAACUAAAUCGACAGUAAGAGCAAGAAUGCAUUAGAUGGAACAGAUGGUGCAAUGUCCAAUGAAGAGACGGGCCAUUCAUCCCAUGAAAAAUUUGCGCUAACCUUCUGUAGCGUGGGUGUAUGUGCAACGUUUAAAUCCUCGCCAUAUCCACGACAUCUUGCCAAAAAUAAUGCGCACACUGUUUCUGGACGUUCUAAAUUCAUUCCUUGAAAAACGUAUGGAGCCAAACAGACAAAUAGCAAAUCAAACUAAGAAACAAAAAAUCAGAGCUGCAUUCAUGACACGCAAGCUCCAAUGCCACAAAACGUGCAAAGUCCUACGUACACGUGCAAAAAAAAAAUAUUAAGACAAAUGAAUUCGCUCUUGCCCGUCCCCUGUAUUGUUCUUACCUCCUUGCUACACUGAAUGACGCUCUUUGUCCUCUGACGUGCGACACACCUGUCGGUGCAGUCGUCCAAAGGGGUGAACUUAUAGUACCUUUUAGUGCCUUGGGUGGCCUCAGCUUCAUCUCGCCUCUCCUUACGCGCAUCUGGCCGCACUGGCGCAUCUGGCUGGCAUCUGGCGCAACUGGCUGGUCAAAUAUUUGGCGUGGUCCUCCCCCUGGCGACAGGGCAGCUGCAGGGCUUUGGUGGUCUCAGCUUCAUCUCACCUCUCCUUACGCGCGUCAGUUGCUCAAACGCCCGGACGUCCGUCUAGUUGCUCAGACGCCCAGACGUCCGUCUAGUUGCUCAGACGCCCAGACGUCCGUCUAGUCAGGCAGGCGUGUCCCGUUGCCUGCUUCGCCGUGCUCUCUUUGCCAUCGCGGGAGUCUUUACCACGUGAGGUGGUCAAGAAGUUUUUCCACCCGCGGCGGCGCAGUCUUCGUGGCGCCGCCGGCGAUGACGUAGUCUUCUUGAUGAUGACAUAGGUUGAUAAAAUUGCACUUUUCCAUGCGUUGACAUGAUAAUCCGUCUGUAAAGAACUGGAUGUACGUAGACCAGGGUGUUCUGAGAUGAUGUGGGAUGAAAUUUUCUAUAUUAUGUA